GAGAGACCGUCAAUUCUCGGAACAGGUGUUCAGUUCGACACAAGAAAAACGUCCACCUGUUUUUAAGGACAGUACAAACUUUUUAACAUGGACGGAACCUUUUGCUCUUCAAUAUGGCAGAGCCUGCUGAACUUUUAAUGAUCAAGGGCCAGUACGAAUUGGCCUUACAUGCGCUCAAUUGCGGUCUGGCUGCCGAGAACUCUAACCAAAGACCAGAGGCCUUGGAUUACUUCAGAAAGGGCCACUUGCAUCUAGUUCAGGGAUUGGAUGUUCCCACUGGCGGGGGGAGCCACCAGGGAGCGGCCUGGGACACAGCCAGACUGCUUCAGCACAAAAUGAGGGACACUUUGAGAACUGUCAAUGACCACCUUUCUGCUUUGGAAAACUCCCAAACAACCUCAGAAGACCAGAGGGCUUCACCGAUGAACGCCUAUCCUGACUUGGCCAUCACCAGUUGGCCCUCUCAGAGCUCAGUCCACCAUCUGUACCCUUCUAUACCUGCUGCCACUCAGAGCACAGCCCCAGCCCCCUUCACAGCGCCUCUUUGUCCUGCUAUUGAGCAGACGGGCACACUCCCCACAGCAGCUGUGAGAACUGAAUCCAUGGAUGACCCUCCAGACCAGCCUCCUGCAUACACACCAAAGCCCACAGACGGUCACUGCAGCCUCACCUAUGGUCCCGCCGGACCCACCAGGCCCGUAAACCAGAAUGGAAAAGGAGCACAAGCAGCAGGAGAUGAACAUGAGCUGCUGCGCAUUUCAUCCGGGGUUCAGCUUUUUUUUGUGGAACCUAACGGGGAGGUCAGCGCUCUGAUGUGCCCUGGUUACCUUCGCAUCAUCACCUUUGAAAGUCAACACAAAGACUUGGCUUCUGGAAAGCAUUCAUCGUUUCUACAUGUGUGUGACCAGAUGUACCCACUGACAACAGAUACUCCGGUGCUGCUGGCAAACUCUGGGAUCUACAUGUUUCCUGACACAAUGACUGAUGCACUGGGGUCCUAUGUCGGCAUUGUGCUGUCCUCUGAACUGCCUGCUGCAGACCAUGAGAUCUUUCAGGACCUCCUAUCGCAGCUUGCUGAUCUUAAAGUUCAGGAUCAGGAGGAAACUGGAGUGGAUAUCAUGAAUUUGAGUACAAAAGUACCCGUCGGUCCCCUCAGCAAACAAACAGAAUUAACGGUGUCAGCAGAAGAAGAGGAAAAACUACAGCUUCCAGGAUGGAGUGAGAAGAUGGCCCAAGGGAUUUUGUCAGGAGCCACACGAUUAAGUCAGUCGCUAGCAAAGGGAGCAGAGGCCACUGGAAGUUUCAUUCACAAAGGAGCUGCUAAGAUUCGAGACCGCAUCACACCCGAGGAGACUCCUUCAGAUGUCAGCCCCCAGGUGGCGAAACGUUUGCAGACUGCAAAGCAAGCUACUGGUGGUGCUGUUCGAGUCAGUCAGUUCUUAGUGAAUGGAUUAAGUCACAUUGCAGGGCAUGUAGUAGAUAAGGUGUCACCUCAUAUGAAAAAGCACGGAUCUAAGCUGGUGCCGGAGUCUCUGAAGAAGAGCCAAGAUGGUCACGCAUCCAACUGGGAUGGUACUAAAUAUGUGGCAGCCAGGGGCGUUCAAGGUUUUUCCACGGUUUGGUCAAGUCUGGAAAGUGGAGCAAAGGAAGUUUGCAAAAGUGUUGCAACCGAGACUGUCACAACGGUGAAAUACAAAUUUAGGGGCUUGCAGAAUCUUAUCUAGCAACGUACGACUUUCAAUGGGGAGUAAGGCCUUAAACUCACAACUUGUCCUGCUUAACCCUUAGUGUCCACUUUUUCACUAACACAAAACUGCUUUGAAACUUUUUAACUUUCAAAUAUGGCUUGCUUAACACUCACUUUACAGGUUUGUAAGACGUUGCAUGCACUGGUUGUAAAAUGGCUCAUAUUUAAUUCUUCAAAUAUGUUUUUUUUUUUUAAUUAAAAAGCUGCUGUCAUUUUUAUACGAUUAAUAAACUAUUUGAAGUACUUUGAAAGCUAGCGCAAUCAACUCUUGUUCCAUUCCUGCACCUGAUGGCCUCCAAAUAUUCACACUUACAGUCUUACAGAACUUUCUUACAGUUCUGUCUGGCUUUGUAUACGCAUUAGCCUUUUGUUUGCAAAAUCUGUGAGGAAAAAAAAUUAAAAAAAAAAAUCUAUACUUAUUUUUAUUUGAAUGAAAAUAGGAUGAAUCUUUGCAUUGCUUCAACAUUUCAGAAUUGUACACAUUGUUUUUUUUUUCUGCACCACAUUUCCCUAACAUGCCUCUUUCUCAUGUUGUUUGUGGUGAAGGUAUGGUCACAAUGUAGGCCAAGCCACAGACACUGCUCUCCAAUCAGUGGCAAAUAUUGGGCUGACCGCUUACAACAUUGAUAAUUUGAGCUUAAAGGCGUUCAUACAGAACAUGAGCGAGAAAUCUGCCAAUAAAGUGCUCCACGUCAAAGACGCACAGUCAUGCGAAACGGAAAAGGAAGAAAUGCUGAAAGCUGAACUCCGUGGACAAAAGGAGAAGGAGAGAGGGCAACAACAGGCUGAAGGGAAGGAUAUGGAGAAGCCAGAGAGUCACACAGGAGCAGAUCCAAAACAUUUGCAGAGCAAAGAAAAGGAGGAAAAGAAGUAAUUUCCAAAAGGAAUAUAUAUUCAUUUGGAUCUCUUAAUAACUUAACGAUGAACCCACCUUUUCUUUAAAAAAAUUAUAAUAUUUAAGUUCUAAGUUAUUCAAUAGUCUCCCGGUUGUCUUCUAUUUUCUUUUGUAAAUUCCCACCAACUUGUGUGAUUUUAGUAUGUUCUUUUGUUAUGCAAAAUGUGUAGCAUCCUUUUGAAAAGUUGUGUAACUGUUAUUACACUCAAAAUACCAGUCUGUUUUUUGGGCAUUAUGAGCAGUGUUGAAAAUGUGAUUGGUACUGUACACACUGUCUUAUGUGUAUUCUGUACAACAAUACAUUUUGUGAGGUUUUAAAUUGAAAUUGUUAGGCAUUUCUGAAAAGUUUGAAAGCAUAAAAUGUUACCCUCUUCCCAAUUUUACAUUCAAUAAAUUCUUAUGCCUGAUUUUGAUAUAUUGUUUAUAUAUUCUAUUGGAUCAAAGAACUGCUUUACAUUUUAAAUCAAAUAAAGCGUUACCCAACCAAAGCUA